CCCACUAUCUCAUAUUUUAGUCCAUCGCCCUUUCAGCACGACAUAUGAGCCUUACUUGAUUGUCAUUCUAUUAUAUUUCUAGUCAGGUUAAAAGUCCAGCCAUGAACAGGAAAGUUACCCGUUCCCAGGCAAAGAAAGUUCCAGAACAACAUCCCCGGAGAUCCACAAGAAUUGCAGCAUUAGCAUCCAAAGCAAGCCCCAGCAAGAAAAAGAAUUCAGCCAAAGCCUCCAAAUUGUCUCUUGGCGCAGGGACAAAGCAAAAGAAGCCAGUAGUCAAGCGUCAAUCACGAAGUGGACCCCAGCGAAAAUUGAGCUCUUCUGCUCUACAAGAUCUAAACAGAGAGACGAUAAAUGAGCCCUUGCCUAACGCUUUGAGACACUGGCGGCAGAAUUCCUUCCCGGCUUUUGUAUCUGAAGAUCUACCUUCAACACGGAGCUCGAAGAUGUCAACAUACGAUAAGAAUUUACCAGAACAAUUGACACGACGAGGUAUCUUUGACGAAACUCUUCUUCCUGAUCCGUCAAAACCGAAAAAUUUGUUGGCGAUUCAAGACGCUCUUCUUGCAUCACCUUCCUCGUCUGGCACAAUUCCACCUAGCGAAGAGGAAAUUAGAGAUUACUCCGUCUACUGUCAAAUCAUAACAAGCGUUGGUAUUCUCGAGAACGAUUUGGCAGCCCGAGCGUUCCAGCCUUUUUUUGACGUCCCCUUACAAGUACCAGAGCCUCAUGCUCGAGGUGGUAAGCAGCAAUGGGGAGAAACACCAAAGCCAGAAAUCCAGCAGAGGCCCAAACCAGACUACUUCGAAGGAUUGUCCAGUCUGAUGGUUUCCGAGUGGGUUGAGAAACAUCUCGGACCUUAUGCUAGACCAGUUGCGGGAAUAGCGUUUCCCAAUUUUCUAGUUGAACACAAAUCGGAAGGUUCUAUGAAGCUUGCACAUACCCAGUGUCGCCUCGAUGGGGCACUUGCGGCGCGAGGAUACUAUGAGCUUCACGGCUUGUAUGGCGACCCGGGUGUUGUGCUCAAUACGGCGUUGGUUGGUACGGUGGAGUUUAAUGGGGAGUGUUUCGUGGCAUGAUUUGAAGCCCAUGAAAUGUGAUUACGUGACUCUUGAGUCAAGUUCGAUCGAAUUUCUGAGGAAAUCCCAACUUCAAUCGGACAUCCAUUUUCGAACUUAUGGUUGUAGAUUCAAGCGGAAGGUGAACUUUAGGGUCGUAGAAGAGAUACGAACUCAUUUGGGGGAGAAGGAACUGAAGUUUGGGAUGAUGGCUUUAGACGGUAAGAAAGAACGUCUGUGGUGACGUCCGAAGACAAAGAGGUAUUGGU